UUCAAGACGAAAACGGAGUUUACAUGCUACCAAAAUACAUCUGACUUGAGUAAUCCAAGACUGGCUGCACAAAGAAUGUUGGUUAUGGACUGCGAUGGUAUUCAAAGUGUGGGAAAAUCUUGGGAAACUAAGAUUGUUACAGAACUACGGUAGCCAAUUCAUGGUAGGCGUCCUGGACAAAGAAACCAAUGAGAUGACCCUAAGACCAUCUGCUCUGAUAAAUCUUAAACCCUACGUUAAAAGCUUUGAGGAGGAGGACAGAGAGAAGGAGAAGGAGUUGAGCUACGGAGAAAAGUACAAAGCGCUUGCAAUGAAGUUUGGAGCUAGCCGCAUUCAGAAGACUAUCAAAGGUAAAGACAGGGUGCGGGAGAUGGAGGUGAAUACACUGGAUGAGGCAAUGCAAGAAGCGGUGGUAUCAGUAGAUACAGCUAACCUAACACAACAAGCUGAUCUCACUACCAACGAUAUCUUACCUCCUAUCAAUACUGACGCUAAGGAUCUAAGUGAUGUGUUCCUGAUAACAGAUCUGAUAUCAGAGGCUGAGAUAGCAGCGCUGUUGCCCUUCACAACUGUUCUUAGAGAAUGUACUCAAGUUCAUGUUAACGCAUGGAGGGAACAGAACAAGUAUCCUGAUUUCAUGCUGUCCCGACUACCAAUAGUAAUGGAGGAUGACCACAUGGCUCACUUGUACCUCUCCGAGCUCCUCUACAUAUCUUAUCUUAUUACUCUGUUGAAACUUCCUCUUAAGUCGAUCGGGAGCAAGAAAACAAGCUUCCCUAAUACCCCCUCUGUUGUGACAGAAAGUAUGUACAAGAAGUUCACCUCACUCGGCCAGCGAGACGGGAAACUGCGAACAUCCAUGUCAGACAAACAACGCAAUAAAUUAAUAGCGCACAUCUUAGCACUGACCCUAGUAGUAGACAAAUACUGUGUGAGAUACAGUGAACUGUGUAAAGACACAGGGGUUAAGUCACGUGUGCUAAGUGACACGUACAGGAGUAUGGGGUGCAGUAUCAGCAAGUUAAAAGGGGACCAGAAUAAGGGACUGAUGUUGGCUGUGUUGAAGUUACCUGUCAAGUUACCACCGCUUGUCCUGCGGAAAGGGGGCAAAAAACGCGAUUAGGAGUUUUAUUUGUUGUUUUACUUUUAUUAGGUGGUUUUAGCUUUUCGUUACAGCAGUCUCUUAAAUUAUAUAUAAUUUAUUAAUUUGAUCAUUUUAAAGUUUUUUUU